AUGGUAACAUACAUAGAACAUCUGUCCGAUGAACUAAUCUUGGAAAUAUUUGAAUAUGUAAAGUCACAUAUAUUGUUUGGUACUUUUUAUAACUUGAACAAACGUUUCAAUUCAAUAUUAAAUGAUGUUCAUUUAUCUAUUGAUUUAAAAUAUAAUAUGUCAAAAGCUCUGUUUGAUCAAUAUUGUCAUAAAAUAUUGAACCAUAAACAACGAUGUCAACAAAUAUUUUAUCUCAAAUUAUUCAAUACGAGUACAUUUGGUCAACUUGAAUUCUUUAUGAAAAAUUGUUGUAUAGAAUCUUUCACUCAUUUACGGUCAUUAAUCACUAUUAACGCAUCAUUGGCUGAUUUGAAAGUAAUUGCAUCGAAAUUGAAAUAUUUAAAAUAUUUGUAUUAUGUCAGUGUUAAACGACUUGAAUCAAGUACUUCUUUAGAAGAGGAGGAACAUUAUAUUUAUAAUACAAUAUUCACACAUAAAUCGUUGAAAAAAUGUUCAUUAUUAGGGUUCGGUAGUAUGAUUGGACGCAUUCAUCGUGAUAUGACAUCAGCUUUGGAAUAUGUAUCAGUUGACGUGCAUGACAAACAUGAUCUGGUCAAUUUAAUUUAUUCGUUACCAAAAAUCAAACGAUUAGCAGUUAGAUGUGAUUCUACAUCAUCUAAUAGGCUUGUUCUUCGACAUCCAUUCAUUCCAUUUGGUCCUAGUCUGAGAUAUUUUCAUUUGGCUGUUGGAGAGAUUCUUUUUGAGGAGGUUUGCUUAUUAGUAAAAGAAUUUCAUCAAAUACAAGAAUUUUCUUUCUUUAGUGAAAGUAGUGACUUUCUUAAUGCCUCUCGUUGGCAAAAUCUUUUAUCAACUAAGCCGUUCUUAAUUAAAUUCAGAUUGCAUGUUAAUGUAUCUAAUGUUCAGUCAUCAAUUAUCACUCCUUUGCUAGCUUCAUUUCAUACUGAAUAUUGGCUAACACGAAAAUGGUACAUGGCCUGUUAUUAUAAUGAAAUCACAUGCCAUUUGGCAUUCUACUCGUUUCCUUAUCGUCGUCGUCAUAUAAAAGUGGCAUGUUUUAUACAAACAGCUACCACAUGCAAUAACGAAUUCUUAGCACUGUAA